GGAAACAGUUUUCUUUGGGUAGAACUAUGACAAAGGGAACACAACAUGAAAUUCACUCAGGAACAUUUGCAAACUGCACAAUUUGCCUGCCCACAGGGCCCUGAGCUGUGAGCAUUUGUCCUCAGAUUCCCACUAAGUAAGAAACUGGGGGACCUCAAUCCUGCUGCCAUUUCCCCUCCUCCAUUCUUCCCUUUGCUUUGCCUCCACAGCAUCUGCAUCCCAGAGACCAGACAUGAAUGUCAAUCCUGGUGCCCACAUGUCUGCGUUCCGGGGCCUGCCCUUUCUUCCAGCUGCCCCUGUGCCAACACACCAGCCAUUCUGGGAGCUUCCCUUGGCACCACGGGUGACUGCACCCAUCUCCCAGAGUAACCCUCUGGUGCUGUCCACUUACCCUGGACAACCAUAUGUGCCAGGGCUGUCCACCUUUGGACAACAUGGGCCACAACUGAGGCCAGCAGGGCCUCCUCAUAUUCAGAACAUUGCCCACACUCAGGCACCCCUCAACUUCAGGGCCCCAGGGGCCUUCUGUGGGGGUGUGGAGCAUCCUGCUCCAUUCCUCACGGCACCUUCUGCCCCGAGGACCACUGUGCCUGCCUCAGCCAGUGGGGGGAUCCAGAACUAUGGGAUCCACUGGCACCUGGGCCUUCGCCCUCCAGCACCACAGCCAUUUGCCCAGCUGGCCCCCAUCAUGUUCCCAAUGGAUGCACGCCAGUGGCCAGGUACAGGGUAUGGGGCAGGUGCACCACCCAUCUUCCCAUCUGCGGUGCCACCAGAUGACUCCGGCGGACCUCCCAGCGUCUAUGAGGACUUCAGACGCUGGCAGCGCUUCAAGACCCUGGUCCGCAGGCACCUUCCUCAGACUCCUGAUGUGGAAGCACUUUCCUGCUUCCUUGUCCCAGUGCUUCGGUCUCUGUCCCGACGGGAGCCCACCAUGACCAUGGAAGAGGGCCUGCGGAAGGGUUUGCAGGAAUGGCAGCGCACCAGCAACUUUGACCGGAUGGUCUUCUAUGAGACCUCACAAAAGUUCAUGGAGUUUGAGGCUGCGGAGGAGAUGGAGGAUCCAAGGAUGCAGUUGUCAGGGGUCUUCCAGUGCCGACCUCCUCCUGUACCUCCAAUGCUGCAACUUUCAAAGCCGCCAGUCCUUGAGGCUUUCCAACGGCCAGGGUGCAGAAAGACCAGCCCCAAAUUACAGCCUGCCUGCUCAUUAGCAGCCAAACCGAAGGCACCAGAGACCAAGGUGCCUGAGACCAAGGCACGCAAGACCAAGGCACGCAAGAGCAAGGUGGCCAAGACCAACGGGCCUGAGACCAAGGCGCCCGAGGAGAUCCCACCUGAAGCCAUCCAAGAGUACAUGGACAUCAUGGAUGAGCUAUGUGGGCCUACCAGCUUGGCCACAUGGGAGCCCUCCCACUUGUCCACAGAAGAGCUUGCUGAGAUCUUGGGAGAGGAAGGACUGGAGCAUCAGCCAAUAGAGGAUUUAUACCCAGAUCCAAGUCUCCUGAGCUACGUUGAUGAGGACUUUGUCAACAAGCACAGUUGCUCAGCAGAAUCUGUGUGUGUGUAUGUGCAUGCACACACACACACACACGCACACACUCUUGUAAAUGUUUGUAGCAGGUUGUUGGGCUAUAAUAUCCCCAUGGUGGAACGAGAAUGGGAUCAUCAUUGCUUCCAGUUUCUACUAGAAGUCUUCCUGACUUGGGGCUAUUUACUCCCAAGGUCACUCACACUCUCUUCCUUCUCAUCCCAGGCAGAGAGCAUAAUUCACCCCCGCUUCCUGGAAGAAAUACUUUCCUCUGAACCAUCCAUAAAUAUCUUGGCCCUAACAAAAGAGCUGGACCAGGAGGAAGGACUCACGCCUGACCAGGACUCAAGAGCUUCCCAGACACCUGCCAACCAAGGUGCAGAGAAACGGAAACAUCACACUGAUCAAGGGGCCGGCAUGGAGGACUGGUCCACAGAGGUGGCUUCCCAGGUCAUGAAGAGGCGCAGGGCCAUGGAGCCAGAGUUGCUGGGAUCGAAGGACUCUGCUGUCCUCCAAGGCCGUCACUGGUCAUCCUCGUUGGGGAACAUGCACUCCAACCAUCCUCCCCAUAACUGCAGAUCCUCCUCCUUAAACCUGGGGAACAAAGGCGUAGUGGGACCCAGAAAAGCCACUUCUUCUGGGCGGCCACAUAAGACAGCCAAUGGCUGCAGUGUGGACGAUGACCUCCAAAGCCUGGAUUUCCUCCUUAACUCCCAGAACCGCCUGCUGCCCUGGGGACUGUCCCAGAGCCAGGCCCCUCAAAUAGAAACCCUGUGCUCAGGAGACCAACCACUCCAGGCCGCACCUCCCCAGAGGGGGCGCCUCAGCUCCCACCCUCCUCCAGGUGCCAUGACCAUGAAGAGUGUUCUCACUGGACGCUCAUGCAAUGUGGAAAAGAUGCCCUGCACGGGGCCUCCCCUCCAGGUCAUCGGAGGGCAAGGUGUGGACCUGGAGCUAGGUGGAACCUCACAGCCUCAGAAGAGAAAGUGUGUGUCAUCUGGCAACCAGAAGAAGAAGAGGCCCUGAGGACAGAAGUGUUGGCCGGUGGCCUCUGGGGUGGCUGCCCCUCAGGCAAGAAUCACCUUUGCUUCAUUCUACACCAGAAGGGCCAAAGGUCUUCAGCUUGUGAAGACCUCUUCCCCACA